AGUGCCCCUCCUCUGAGCAACUUCCCUGACUUGUCACGACAUCACAACUGGAUGGCAAAAUGCCUUACACCUGAAAUUUAUGAGCGACUGUGUGGCAAGAAAACCCCGAGCGGAUUUACUUUGGACAUGGCGAUUCAGACGGGUGUUGAUAACCCUGGCCAUCCCUUCAUUAUGACGGUCGGUUGCGUCGCCGGAGAUGAGGAGUCGUAUGAAGUCUUUGCGGAUCUUUUUGACCCUGUGAUCGAGAAGCGACACGGCGGCUACAAGAAAACAGAUCGCCACAAAACCGACUUGAAUCCUGCCAAUCUGAUUGGCGGACAACUUGAUGAGAAGUACGUCCUAUCGUCUCGCGUAAGGACUGGGCGCAGCAUUAAAAAUUUAGGUCUGCCGCCCCAUUGUACAAGAGCUGAGCGACGCAAAGUGGAAUCUCUCGUUACCGAAGCUUUGGAUUCGCUCGAUGGCGAAUUCAAAGGGAAGUAUUACCCACUGGCAAAGAUGACAGAUGAGGAACAAGAGCAGCUCAUAGCGGACCACUUCUUGUUUGACAAGCCUGUGUCUCCUCUUCUGCUUGCAUCCCGAAUGGCGCGGGAUUGGCCAGACGCCCGUGGGAUCUGGCACAAUGAGAAAAAGAACUUUCUUAUCUGGGUCAACGAGGAAGACCACACUAGAGUCAUUUCGAUGGAGAAAAGCGGAAAUAUGAAGGGUGUUUUCGAGCGCUUCUGCACUGGACUGAACAAAGUUGAAGACGCUAUUAAGGCUAAGGGGUACGGUUUUAUGUGGAACGAGCAUCUGGGCUACAUUUUAACAUGUCCAUCUAAUCUUGGCACAGGACUGAGGGGAGGGGUACACUUAAAAAUCCCACUUCUUAGUCAAAAGCAAGAGUUCGUCAGCAUCCUGGAGAAACUUCGCCUUCAGAAGCGUGGCGUCGGUGGGGUGGACACGGCAGCAGUCGGAGGAACGUACGACAUUUCCAACGCAGACCGAUUGGGAUCUUCUGAAGUGGAGCAGGUGCAGUGUGUUGUGGAUGGAGUCCGUCUGUUAAUUGAGAUGGAGAAAUGCCUCGAGGCUGGAAAUCCUAUAACCAGCCUGUAUCAAGAGCUUAUGUCUGGUAAACGCGCCAGAGACAUUGCUGACCAAGUUGAGGGUGAAGGAAGUGAAAGGGAGAAGAUAAGUAACUUCCCUGAUCUCUCAACGCAUAACAACUGGAUGUCCAGGUGUCUAACAAAAGAAAUUUACGACCGACUCUGCGUUCUCAAAACACCCUCUGGUUAUACCCUAGACCAAGCCAUACAAACAGGUGUGGAUAACCCUGGUCAUCCGUACAUCAUGACCGUGGGCUGUGUGGCUGGCGACGAAGAAACUUACGAUGUAUUCGCAGAUUUGUUUGACCCAGUGAUAGAGGGGCGCCAUAAUGGAUACAGCAAAGAUGCCCUUCAUAAGACAGAUCUGAAUCCUGACAAUCUUACUGGAGGAGAGGAUCUGGACGAGGAAUUUGUGCUCUCCUGCCGGGUGAGGACUGGACGCAGUAUCCGGGGUCUGACACUGCCACCUCACUGCACCCGCGCAGAACGACGGGAGAUUGAGAGGAUCGUGGUGGAAGCGUUGGACUCCCUGAAAGGAGAUUUACAAGGAAAGUAUUACCCCCUGAACAAAAUGACCCCAGAGGAGCAAGAUCAGUUGAUAGAGGAUCAUUUCCUAUUUGAUAAGCCAGUUUCACCUUUGCUGCUGUCUUCUAGGAUGGCUCGCGAUUGGCCCGAUGCCCGCGGGAUCUGGCAUAAUGAUGAGAAGACCGUGUUAGUGUGGGUAAACGAGGAAGAUCACACUCGCGUCAUAUCUAUGCAAAAAGGCGGGAACAUGCGAGAAGUCUUCACUCGCUUUUGUAAAAGUCUUAAAGAGAUCGAGGAUGCUAUGAAAAAUAAAGGCAAAGAGUUUAUGUGGAAUGAACAUCUCGGCUUUGUGCUCACGUGUCCUUCCAAUCUCGGCACGGGCCUGCGCGCUGGCGUGCAUGUCAAGCUUCCAUGGUUAGCGAAAGACGCACGCUUUGGAGAUAUCUUGAAUAAGCUGCGACUUCAGAAGCGUGGCACUGGAGGAGUGGACACCGCCUCUACUGACGGCACAUUUGACGUGUCAAACUUGGACCGUCUGGGGUUCUCUGAGGUGGAACUUGUUCAGAAAGUCGUCGAUGGCGUCAAGCUUCUCGUUGAGAUGGAAAAGCGACUCAUGGAUGGGAAAUCUAUGGACGAUUUGCUUCCAGAAUAA